AGAACAUCGCUUCCGGUGUCGCCACCUUCUUUGUCUCCGGCCCAACAUUUCGACAUCAGGGGUUUUCUAUUUUUUCCACCUUAUUUUUUAGGAUAUAUUUACUUAUAUAUCCUUACAUUUCUGGAUUGAAUGACAGUCGACUCUGAACUAUUAAUGCCUAAAAGCAAAGCACCAAAAAUGGAUGACCUGGACUACAUCCCAGUAGACCUCAGCCCAGAGGAGCGCUCUGAGCUGGAGGACAUCCGCAGGAGGAAGGGCGUCCUGCUGCAGGAGAUCCAGAGACUCCGGGAGGAACUACGAGAGGCCAUUAUGGAGGUGGAGGGACUGGAGACCAGCACAGAGGGCAGUAAAACUCUUCAGAAAAGCAGGCAUGUGGCGAUGGGAAGGAAGAAAUUCAACAUGGAUCCCAAAAAGGGCAUCGUGUUCCUGGUGGAGAACGAGCUGAUCAGACACACUCAGGAGGACGUCGCUCAGUUCCUCUACAAAGGAGAGGGCCUCAACAAGACUGCCAUCGGAGAUUACCUGGGAGAAAGGGACGACUUCAACCUCAAAGUUCUUCAGGCUUUCGUUGACCUCCAUGAAUUCACUGAUCUCAACCUCGUCCAGGCCCUCAGACAGUUCCUGUGGAGUUUCCGUUUGCCCGGUGAAGCCCAGAAGAUUGACAGAAUGAUGGAGGCCUUUGCUCAGAGAUACUGCCACUGCAACCCCGGCGUCUUCCAGAGCACCGACACAUGUUAUGUGCUGUCAUUUGCCAUCAUUAUGCUGAACACAAGCCUCCACAACCCAAAUGUGAGGGACAAACCCGGACUGGACCGCUUCAUCUCGAUGAACCGAGGCAUCAACGAGGGGGGAGACCUCCCCGAGGACCUGCUCAGGAAUCUCUAUGAUAGCAUUAAAAAUGAGCCCUUCAAAAUCCCAGAGGACGACGGCAACGACCUGACGCACACCUUCUUCAACCCGGACAGAGAGGGCUGGCUUCUCAAACUCGGGGGACGCGUGAAAACCUGGAAACGACGAUGGUUCAUUCUCACAGACAACUGCCUUUAUUACUUUGAAUACACCACAGAUAAGGAGCCACGAGGUAUCAUUCCUUUGGAAAACCUUAGCAUCCGGGAGGUAGAAGACCCAAGGAAGCCUAACUGCUUUGAGCUGUACAUCCCCAACAACCGUGGGCAGCUGAUUAAGGCAUGCAAGACGGAGGCUGAUGGCAGGGUAGUAGAAGGAAACCACAAUGUGUACCGUAUCUCCGCCCCCGCACCGGAGGAGAAGGACGAAUGGAUCCACAGCAUCAAAUCGGCUGUCAGUGUUGAUCCCUUCUACGAAAUGCUCGCUGCGAGGAAGAAACGUAUAUCACUGAAGAAGAAGGAGGAACAACCGUAGAGUAUUCAACUCAUUCUCUGUCCUUCUCAUCCUCCUUCCAACAGGACACACAUUCUCUUCCCUGCUCCUCACUACCUGUCCAUAAGUUUAGUUAGUAGUUCCACCGUCCUCAAACACAUCCUCUCCCUGAUAAGAGGACUCCUUGAUACCCUGUCUACCAGACUAUUGAACACCUCCUUCAGAGUGAAGCGCACCCCGCCGUGGCUGCCUCUUGUUAUCUCGUUUCUUACACUACUGCUGGUAUACACACCCUGACACACUACAACCAGAGCACAUCGUCCGUCCCGUCUUCUCACCGCUUCCCUCUCUCGUUCAGCAUCUAAGUGAUCUGUGCACUGGGCUUAGACCAUAUUCAGACUAAUGUUGGUGAUUUCAGAAACAAAUCUUUCCUGUUUUCCAAAAUGCAGGGAUUUAAAAAGGCUAUGAUUGUUAAGAUUUAGGGCAUCCUGAUUAUUUUUUGGAAAUCUUUUUUUCUCUAUUUCCUCAUAACUGCCUUGUUAGUGACAAACAAAACUUUUAAAAAACUGACAGCUGUUCAGCAGAACUAUGUCAGGCCUCUGACUGAAGCAGCUUUCGUGCAGAAGAGGUUUAAUAUUUCUCUCUGUGCUCUGGCCUUUAAGAAUACUCUCUGAAAAUACAAUGGUGACACAAAGCCUUCUAUGUUUCUGACAUCUGCAUUAGUGUGAAUACGGUCUUUUUCAGAGUAGCAUCCGCUUCAGUUACCGUGGAGUGUUCUUUCACAUUUAUGAUGACGCUGCCUAAAUGAGAAAUGGCCUUCCUUGGUUGUGUGCACCCCAGAAAAAUGUGAAUUCAAUAUUCAAAUACUACAAAUGUUUUUUUAGUUAAAGGACAGGUAUGUAGGAUUUGUGGUGGAUCUAUUAAGACAAGUGGAAUAUAUUAUUCACCUUUAGGUUUUCUUUAGUGUAUAAUCAUCACUUAUCUCGAAAUCGUUAGCUUAUAAUGAGCGCGUCAUAUCUGCACAGGGUGCCGUCAGCUCUAGAGGGGGGCAUCAUGUUUUUCAGCUGGAAUUUUGAGGCGCAACGUUGAAAGAUGGAGAUUAGGAAGACGAGGUUGUUGGUGCUGGCCAAACAUUUGAUGUAUUAAGAAGUUUUGAGAACAGUAAUGGAGGGUCAUACUCAUUAUCUGGCACAAGAAAAAGCUAACAAGCGUGAAUUAUUGCCGCCAAGGAAGCAAAAACAUAAAGAAUGUGAACGCUAGAUACCAAUAAAUCCUACACACUGGACCUUUGACGAUAGUAAGAGAAGAAUCCGUUUAAGUCAACGCAGCAAAAGAUUUCAGAUCACUGAGAUGUGCCCAUUGCUUCCUAUACUACUCUUAAUGGCUUUGACACGCACAGCUACCGUCUAAACCCUACAUACUGUAACCCUUAUGUGAGGGAAAUGUCACUGUUCAUGACUGUUUGCCAAGUUACUGUUGAUUUUCAAUUACAGGGCAGAAAGGUUGCUUUACUUGCAGUAUUAAUGGAGAAAGCAAUUUCUCUCCUUCCAGAUAGCUUUUUGUUUCAGCUCACUAAGACAAGAUGUGGUGUUUAGCAUGUUUAUUUACAUGCUUCAACAAUAGCUGUAGGCUUGUUUACAUUACAUUGCGUUUAGCUGACGUUUUUAGCCAAAGCGACUUACAAUAAGUUUACAAAUCCUUAAUAACACUUUACUGAGCAAUGAUCAUGUCCUCUCAGAUGUAAUGUUCUAGCAUGCCACACAUAUUUCUUUCCUGCUCAGCACUACAAGAUGAACACGGACAUCUCUCUCACAACAAGUAAUAACUCUGUAAGACAUUUAACUGUUAGAGCCUGGACUGUCCGCUAUAGUGCAUUUCAUGAAGUCACAAAGGCAGCUCAUUACAAUGUAUACUUUCUGUAAAUAGAUGUUAGCAUAUUUGUUUACGAUACAUAUAGAAAUGAUUUUAUUUAUUCUUUAUCUUUUGUUCAAAUCUGAUUUGUGUACGAGCUACUGUAAGACUGCAUGUUGAUAAACUGAACCGUCAGAGUAGGUACUGAUGCAUCGCUGAUCAUUCUAGUGCACUGAUUUGAAAAGUGUUAGUGUUCCCUGUUAAUACCGAUAAAUAGCUUUUUAAUAUUGAGGUUGUUUUAAGCAUAGAGCUAUUAGUCUUAUCGUAGUUUCUUUUCUAAAUGAGAUGGUGUUAAAGAGAUGUUUAGAAGUCUGGUUUAUUUAUUUUAGAGUAAACCAGACUGUGAAGCACAAGCAGCAAAGAGUCUCAAAAACUAAAGUCCAGUUUUUGACUCAAUGGCUGCCCAGAGUCCACUUGAAGUGUGCGGGGGCUUCUCACAAGCUGGCAUUUCCAUCAUACAACAGUAAUUAAAAUGAAGAGACAACAAAACAAGGAACACUAACAAAGCUUUGAUUCAUUAUAUAAUAGUAAAGAUAUUCAGAUGUAAUGAAUCAGUAACAAGUUUAGAUUUGUGUCCAGUGAUAGAUUUGCUUGACAUCCAGUUCAUAAACGUAUUGCUAGUUGUUUAUUGAAUUGGCCAUUUUUAGAAGGUAGUGAAAAUAUUUGUCUACUGCACUUUAUCAAUUUUAGCAUUUUGGAGAAAAUGCUGUUACUUUGACUGACAACACUCCAAUACUCUGUAGCACCCUCUACUGGUGAUCUCACUGCAAUAUGCUGAAGGACGAACCAUUAACUGUAGAAAUUACAUAAUUUUAAGUUUUUUCUUUGUGAUGACAACAUGAAGACUUUGUUUUAAAGACACAGCUGGUGAUUGGUCCUUCAAAUAACAGAUAUUGAAUUGCCUUUACUCUCCUACCUUAUGAAACUGACAAAGGCCUAACUUUAAUCCUCCAUGUUUGUGUGCUAACAAAACACACAGACUAUCUGUAGGCCUCGACCUUCUGGGUAUUCUUGAAGUGCAAAGUUGCCAAAAAAAACAGUUGGGACAACAAAUGUUUAUUUAAACAUUACAAAUGAACACUGAAAUGAUCAGACUGAAACUGGGCCUCUUCAGGAAAUGUUUAUUUUGUAUUAUUUAUUUUAUUUACUGUUAAGUUGAAGAUGGAUAGAUCAUCUGUAAAUGUAGCAAAAGGAAAACCAUGAUUAAUUGGUACGAGUAAACUACUGUGUAAAAAUAAAAGGUAAACCAAGA